AUGUCGAGACUGGGUAAAUAUGUUCAGAGUCGCAAUCCUGAGGAGGUCGAUCAUCACUGGAGUUCAACACAUCCAGAUCGGCCGGCAACCGCCCAGAAGAUACACAAUGCCCAUGAGCGCAACGGCCAUCAUGUGUACGACACAGACACUGAGAGUUUUGAUGCAACUCGUACUUCUCUCGAUGACCACGACUACGCUGCUUCCGAUGACUCUCGGGAUGAAGCAGACUACGACCAGCAUGGCGAGCAACAUUUUCAAGGCUACGGAGGACAUGAUUUUCCUGCGGCUGGUUUAGAUCUCGAUGUCCUCGAUGGUAUGAUGUCGCAGUUGCACAAAACUCGACAAUCUUUGGCUCAUUCUGGUCAUGCCGAAGUCGACUCCUAUCCUCCUACCACUUCUGGUGAACCAGACCCAAUCGAGGACUUUUCGGAUGGAGUCGAUGUUGAGCAUCCGCCAGUCCAACUCCGUCCAGAGCAGCUGCGUGAUGUUUACAAGACCAAAGACUCACAGAGACAUGUUGCUUCACCUUCUAUGGUCAUUCAGUCCCAAGCACUUCGCCCGCAACACUCGAAGGAGGAUUACAAAAUCACAACCAAACCAACCAUAAGUCAGAAAGAUGUGCAGCAUCAGANNAGAAGUCGCAGACCAAAGUACAACCAGUCUCUCAGCCCGUGGCCAAACAUGUUCCAGAGCAGUUUCAGGCUCCCGCUCAGAAAGCCGCGGUCCNACAAGUCCGCUGCACGAGUUCCCAACGAACAACCUAAUCAGGCACAUGGACAAUCUUCUCAAGUUCAGAACGGAAAGGUCAAUCACCGUCAACGCGAAGCCAGCGAGGCUGAUCACCAUCGUCAGCAGUAUGUGAGAAGGGCCGAUCAUCAAGAGCAGCACCCCAACGGGUUCAAUCAUCAACAACAGCACAGUACUGAAGAGUCUCCGGAAGAGAGCUACGAACAGAACACGCAUCCAGAAGAUCUCGAUCACGACCUAGAAGAGUUGUUCGCCAAGGACUUUGAUGAACUGCAGAAGGAACCAUUCGAUGGACCGCCUCGUGAGGAGGUUCACGACGCUCCGUCUGACUCCUCGAAACCACUGGGUGAGAGACUUGCAUCUGUUCACAAACUCAAUGUUCCCAGUCAGAAAGAGCUCUUUUCUUCGUUGAGCAUUGAGGAGUGGGAAGAGGCCGGAGACUGGUUCCAGGAGCGCUUUUCUGAGGUCUUUGGAAAGCUCAAAGCUGCACGUAAAAAGAGACGUCAUCUGGCCUCAAACUUCGAGAAACGCAUUGCCGAGAGGCAGCAGGCGCUUACCAGGAAGAGAAAGAUUACCGAAGAUGCACUGUUGGAGAUGAAGAAGUCGGGAAGCCAGGUUCUAGAGGGUACACCAAAGAAGAAGCAGAAGUUUACGGAGUGA